CUCCAACACGCCGGAAGGCUCGGAGGUCGGGCCGGGCCGGAGGCGUCCCUAGCGACAGCCAGAGAGGGGAUUGGGGCGCGACAGCGGGGGAGUGGGAAUCGUUUUGGAAGUGAAUUCAGUUUUUGGCAGCUGGCGGGAGCCUUGAGAAUCUCAGCAUCAGUCCUUAGAAUCAAGUGAAGUAAGGAGAAGGAAGUUCCAGAACCAGGAAAGCGUCACUUCUGGGGAUGCCAUUAAUUUGAGAUGUGAGAGCUAUGACCAGAAUUUGAGUGACAAUCUAGCAAAGUAAAAAAAGAAGAACCCCAGUUCCAGUCAUUUUCUAAGAACAGAAGAAAAUGACCAAGCUUCAGGAAUCAUUAUUAUUUGAAGAUGUAGCUGUGGAGUUCACCCGGGAGGAGUGGAGGCUACUAGACCCUGCUCAGAAGGACCUGUACCAGGAUGUGAUGCUGGAAAACUAUAGCAACCUGCUGUCCGUGGGGUAUCAAAGUCCCAAACCAAUUCAAAUCUUCAAGUUGAAGCAAAGAAACAAACCAUGGUUAGAAAAGGAAAAUAUCCGUGGUCAGAACUUUCCAGAAGUUGGAGAAAUUGGUGAUCAUAUGCAGUGGUCUUUGGAAAUCCAAAACAAGCGUAAAAAUAUGGAAAGAGGCCGUGAACACAGUUCAUCGGGAAAUGUGUUUCAUCUGCGCAGAAAUCUUGUUACUUUAAGGCAAAGCCAUGAUAAGUUUGAUGUACUGAACUCUAAUUUAGAUUUAGUUAACCAGAAUAAAAGCUGUGUAGUGAAGAAUCCUGACAAGUUUAAUAAAUAUGAGAAAUCGUUUCUUCGUACUAAGCAUGAAAAACGUUACACUGGAGUUAAAUGCAAUAAAUAUGGAAACACCAUCUUCACCAAUUCGAAACUCAGUAUACAUCAAACUGAAAAACGAAAGAAACAUGAGUGUAUUGAAUGUGGUAAAACCUUCAUCAAAAAGUCUCAACUCACUGUACAUCAGAGAACUCAUACAGGAGAGAAACCAUAUAAAUGCCUUAAAUGUGGUAAAGCCUUCUGUAGGAAAGCAGAGCUCAAUAUACAUAUGCAAGUGGAAAGAGGAAUAAAACCCCAUGCAUGUAGUGAGUGUGGGAAAACUUUCUCCAGGAAAUCUCAGCUCCUUGUACAUCAGAAAACUCAUACGGGAGAGAAACCCUAUACAUGCAGUGAAUGUGGAAGAGGCUUCAUCCAGAAGGGUAAUUUUCUUAUACAUCAGCGAAUUCAUACUGGAGAGAAGCCCUAUGGAUGCAAGGAAUGUGGUAAAGCCUUCAGUCAUAAGCCAUGUCUCGUUGCACAUCAGGUAUUUCACACUGGAAAUCCUCCCUAUGUGUGCAGUGAAUGUGGAAGAGCUUACUUUCAAAAGUCGAGUCUCAUUAGACAUCAAAGAGGUCAUACAGAAGAGAAACGCUAUAAAUGCAACGUAUGUGGGAAAGGCUACUCCACGAAGUCAAUACUGAGUAGACAUCAGAGAGUUCAUACAGGAGAGAAACCCCAUGGAUGUAGCAAUUGUGGGAAAGCCUUCUGCCACAAGUCCUCCCUCACUAAACAUAAGAAAACUCAUAUGAAAGAGAAAUGUGUGGAUUCAGUCAAGGUGGAAAAUGAUUUUCUUGGGAAUCACAGCUCAUUAUGUACCACAGAACCCGUACAGGAGAAAAACUCUGUUGAAACAAUGACAGUGCAAGGGCCUUCUGUGGCCGUGCAGACAUCAUUAAAUAUCAGUGGGUUCCUAGCCCAAGGGAAUGUAGUCCUUGUCGGACAGCCUGUUGCCAGAUGUGUACCCUCAGGAAAUAACAGAGAAUUUGUACAGGAGAGAAACCUCAUGAAUGCAGUAAAUGUGGUAGUGCCUUCAGUUACCAAUUAUGUCUUAUUUUAUGUCACAGGAAACGUGUAGGGAAGAUUUGG